UCUCUUGGCCGCUGCCCCGCGCAGGUUUCCCCCUUCUCCCCACCACGCACUUGAGCUAGCGGAGCAUGCCAUGUCCACGACUAGUUCCCUGCGAGUGAGGCUUUUGCUGAACAGCCGAUUCUAGUCCCGCCCGCCUUCCGUGAGAUGCCGAGUGAUAUAUCUCCGUACCCCGUUGCCAUCUUCCGAAGAAUGACUAGAUCAUGGCAUCACACACAUCUGUCGACGCUAUUCCUUGCCUCAGUCGGCAUGUGUCUCUCGAAGCCCGUGACGCAAAGCUGCCUGACGCAGCCCAUUCAAUGUCUCAAGCCUAGAUCACAUCGACACCUAAGAAGGGGCUUCCUCCGGGACCGUGUUUACAAUCAGUACUGCACAGAAAACUAUUCAUCCGUGCCAAUCACAGUCUUCUUCUUCUUCUUGAGACCCGCUGAGCCGUGUUGUGAUCCCGACUCCAGCCGCAGUCAGAUCAUAGACACACGAGUGGUUGCUACGUCGCGCUGGAUAGAAUGGCAUUCGCUGGCCGGGUUUAUUUCGGGCUGUUGAGGCUUUGACCGGUGAUCUCACUCAUUGCAACGCUUGCGUCGAGACAGUGUCUCUUUCUUCAAGUCUCUUUCUCUCCCCAGAGCUACUCCGUACCUCGGUAUGCACCGUGGAAAGUUGAACAGGCCGUGAGUAAGCAACUCGGGAGACAAGGUAGGUAUCGAGUAUCGACACCCCGACCCCCUCGCUCCGGAGCUUGACCUUGGCACAGC